CGGAGCGGGAGACGCGCCGGGAGGGAAUCGCCGAGAGCGCCGGGCCUGUGUCUCAGGUCUCCGCCGCCGCCGCAGCCCCGAGCCCGCCCGCCGCCCCCAGGAGACCAUGGCGUCCGGCAGCAGCGCCUGCGAGGAGGAGCGCAGCCUCCGCGAGUGUGAGCUCUAUGUCCAGAAGCACAACAUCCAGGCCCUCCUCAAAGACUCCAUCGUGCAGCUGUGCACGGCCCGGCCCGAGAGACCCAUGGCCUUCCUCAGGGAGUACUUUGAGAGACUGGAGAAGGAGGAAGCAAAACAGAUUCAGAAUCUGCAGAAAGCAGGCUCCCGGGCUGACUCGAGGGAGGACGAAAUCUCUCCUCCUCCCCCAAACCCUGUGGUGAAGGGCCGGAGGCGACGUGGGGCAAUCAGUGCUGAAGUGUACACGGAGGAAGACGCAGCAUCUUAUGUUCGAAAGGUUAUACCCAAAGAUUACAAGACAAUGGCUGCUCUAGCCAAAGCCAUUGAGAAGAAUGUGCUGUUCUCACACCUAGAUGAUAACGAGAGAAGUGACAUCUUUGAUGCCAUGUUUCCAGUUUCCUUUAUCGCUGGGGAGACAGUUAUCCAGCAAGGUGAUGAAGGGGAUAACUUCUAUGUGAUUGACCAAGGAGAGAUGGAUGUCUACGUCAACAAUGAGUGGGCAACCAGCGUUGGGGAAGGAGGGAGCUUUGGAGAACUCGCUUUGAUUUAUGGAACACCUCGAGCUGCCACUGUCAAGGCAAAGACAAACGUGAAAUUGUGGGGAAUUGACCGAGACAGCUAUAGAAGAAUCCUCAUGGGAAGCACACUGAGAAAGCGGAAGAUGUACGAGGAGUUCCUCAGUAAGGUGUCCAUUUUAGAAUCUCUGGAUAAGUGGGAGCGCCUCACGGUGGCCGAUGCUUUGGAACCUGUCCAGUUUGAAGAUGGGCAGAAGAUCGUGGUUCAGGGAGAACCAGGGGAUGAGUUCUUUAUUAUUUUAGAGGGCUCCGCGGCUGUGCUUCAGCGUCGGUCAGAAAAUGAAGAGUUUGUGGAAGUGGGAAGAUUGGGGCCUUCGGAUUACUUUGGUGAGAUCGCUCUGCUGAUGAACCGUCCUCGGGCAGCUACGGUGGUGGCGCGGGGCCCGCUGAAGUGCGUGAAGCUGGACCGACCAAGAUUCGAGCGUGUGCUCGGCCCUUGCUCCGACAUCCUUAAGCGGAACAUCCAGCAGUACAACAGUUUCGUGUCUCUGUCUGUCUGAACUCUGCCUCCUGUGCCUCUGCCCUGCCCUGCCCCUGCACUCCGCUUUCUCCCCCUCUCGGCGCGCCACGCCACCUCUGGCACCGCAGCUUCUCGUCGGUUUCUAUUAAAAAGUUGCUUUUCUCGCACCAUUUUUAAUUUGGAGCAUUCGCCGAGUGCUCACACACACAGUUAAAUAAAUAGAAAGAGUUCUCUGGAGACUUGGCUGUCCCUGCUUCUCUUUGUGCAGUGUUAGUGUCCUCUCGGCAGAGCGUGCCAGGCUGUGUGGCGCAGGCACCUGCCUGCACCAAAUGAAUUACUGUUGAGUGAUGAUGUAACAGUGCAUCAGUGAUAUUUUUAAGUGACACCAUUUUUCCAGUUACAUGCAUAGUUUAGACGGUGGCCAUCGAUGCUGUGUUUCUUAUAGAUUAAAUGAUUUCUCAUUGAGCUAUAAGGAAAAACGGAUAUAGAAGAAUCUUAGUAGUAGGAAGACAUCUGCCUGUAUUUAAUCUCGAGUAAGGGUGGAAAGAUGCACGUUUUUUGGCUGAUUUCUAGACAGAUACGCUGUUUUUGUUUUGUUCUUCCCUCUCUUUAACCAGAAUCUACAUUGUUGUCAAGUUAAUUUGCCUGGUGUUGUUUUUUGCUCCGAUUUUGAAGUAGGUUUAGGAGUGGGCUGUCUUACCUAUGUGUGCUGUUUUGAGUUUGAAACCAAAUCAUAGAUUGGGUUCUGAUUUAACUACACCUGCCUCAGCUCACAAAUUCUGAUUAGACCUUCAUUGAUCCAGCUAGUGCCAAAUACUGAUGAUCAGAUGCUGAACCGAGAAUAAGAACUUGAGGUCUGCAACUCCAGAUGGUUAACUUAGAGCCUUUGGGUCAUGGCCAGCUUCAGUUAACUCCAGGGGACCCUUUUGCUGGUGACACACUGGUCCCAGGGGAUCAGAUAUGCUGGGAAUAGCCCGCCCCGAUGGCCUGAAUGAACAUCACACAGAAGAAGGGAGCUGUGGUCUUGCUGCAGGGAAGAAAGGGGCAGGUGCACUUGGAGCUCAGUGUUGGGAACUCUGCCCUACUUGUUGGGGUGUGAGAUUUGGGAAGAAAUUCUUUGCUUGAACCUAUUUCCUCCUCUUUACAUCGCCAGGACUUUAGGGGAUGGGGGGGGGGCGGGGUUGGGGGUAUGUGUCUGCGUUGUAUCAAAUUGACCUAAAAGGCCAUCCUGCUGAAAAGCUCUGUUUUUCUAUCUAACCUCUUUGUCAAACUUUUUUUUUUUUAAUCGUCAGCUUGUCUUUCGAGUCUUAACUGUUUUUCAGUAUUUCCAGCCUUAUCAACCUUUAUGUGUUACAUUAUUCCAUGUGCACCAAUGAUACCUAAUGGUUAACUUUUUAUUGUUAUUUUUUUAAACAAUCUUUCACAGUUCUGUAAUGUAGGCACUUUUAUUUUCAUUGUGAUUUAUAUAUAACAUAGGGUUAUAUUUGGGAGUGACUGCAAGCAUUUUUCCAUUUUUUGUGCAACUGGCUUUGAUUACUAAUCCUUUUCUGCCCUUUCCCAGGUAAAUUAAUUAGUCAUGGUAGCUUUCUUUCCCAUAGAUUUGAAUUUUUUUUUUUGGUUGUGACUAAGUUUGGAGUAUAAAUCUGGGAGAGGAGUCUUACAUUUUAAUGUGAGAUAGAAAGUCACCUUAUAAAUUUUUAAUAUUCAAAAUUAUUAAAUGAGGGUUUUCUGAUCUGUACUUAAUCAUUGUGUUUAGCUACCUUUUUAUAUUUAAAGUAAAAAUUAUAUUCUUAUUAGCUUAAAGCUUAAUUUGAUAUUUGUUUAAAUGCCAAAACUGUACUGAAAUGAGUUACUUAGAAUGCCAUAAAUUUGCACAAUUUCACAUAUGUACAUAAUCAUGUUCUUGUAUAUUUAGGUACAUAUAAUGCUUUCGAGAUGAGUUUUGCUCUUAAACCAUUUGACUUGCUGUUUACUCCCUUUUGUCGUUUCUAAGAAAUUUUCAGUCUAAAUUGACAAAUUAUCACAUUUAAAGCUUUAUCUUUGUGCAAUCUGAGUAUGUGAGAAAUUACGAUUGGUAUAAUUUGUUUUAUUUGAUAUCCAGAGCUUUAGAAGUCAUUAAUUUUGGGCUUGGUAUGUUGAUUUUAUGAGACCUGUUGCUUUAGGAGGUAUAGAUGGCCAAAGGACCAUUUUGUAUUGUUUCCUGGUUACUAGUCUGAUUAUACUGUGUGUGCUAAUAUAUUCUCUUCUUUUUGUUAUAGAUUGUCUUAAUGGUAGGUCAACUAAUAAAAAGAAAAAUUAAUUUAA